AUGGGCAACACUCAUUCAAACUCGCCUCCACGUCGCACGCCACUACCUCGCGCUCAUCCACCGGUUUCGCGCACUCAUGCAGCAAAGACGGAGAUCAGCACGCGCCCACAAUCUCCAGUCCCUUCCUCUACUUUGACUGUCUCGCCCUCGCAACGUCCAGUAUCCUCCAAUACAAUAGACAUACCCCCAGCUAAAUUAAUAGACAACUCGGUAGAAGAAUUUCAAAAGCUUGAGGAAGAGACGUUCAGCGGAACUGGGAGCUUAGCUUCUAGCUUUAACGAGAGUGACCUUUUAGCGGAAACUAUUGCUGCUGAGCCAACCAGUUACAAGAAUAGUAAUAAGAUAGUACAUGAUUUCGGCGUUGGAGGUGUCAGUGCUUUAACUAGUGUUGACGCAAAGGAAUCAGACAAAGACAAGGGUAUCCCAACGAUUAUAACCUGGAGUCAGGGAGGGAACAACGUUUGCGUGACGGGUACAUUCAAUGAUUGGAAACACAACAUUAGAUUGUGUAAAAGCACUAGUGACUUUACAACGGUAAUAAACCUUCCUCCUGGAACGCAUAAAUUAAAAUUCAUUGUCGACGAUGAAUGGAAAUGCUCGAACGAGCUGGAGACGGCGACAGACUCAAAUGGAGAUUUGGUUAAUUAUCUCGAGGUGUUUGAAGAAGAAGAGAAUGAACUACCAAACGAUGAAUUGGACGUGGAUGCUCCGGGUGGCUUAAGAUGUGGAACUCCGCCAGGUGACUACUCGUCACACAUACCCGACUACUUAUUAGCUUACGAACGUUCCCUAGUGGAAUCUGAAAAUCCAGAGGACGAUGACGCACCCGAUGAUCUAUCGGAUGCUGGAGAAUGCAUAGACGCUCGACCACCACUAUUGCCACCUCACUUGGAACGCGUGAUAUUGAAUUCGUCUUCGGCAUCAAAGGAUGACAAUAGUAGCCUUCCGGUGCCUAACCAUGUCGUUUUAAACCACUUGUACGCUUGUUCUAUACGAGACGGUGUCAUGGCUGUUGCAUCUACCACGCGAUAUCGAAAGAAGUACGUGACGACGGUCUUGUACAAACCAGUCUUUUCUUAA